AUGAGUGGUACACAGUCUCAGGAUGAAGCUUCGGUUGAGGAAUCAAGUGGUUCGAAACAUUUCAAGAAUUUCCACAGAGAAUAUGAUGAGAUUAAGGAUCAUAUAGAUGCAACACCAAUGAAAUAUCGGGAAGCUAAGUUGUUCUUCAAAGAUAAUAAAACAAGAUUGAUGAAUUCUCUCAAGUGUGAAAUUAUCAAAGAGUUACACCAGGUUAGGUUUUGGCGCCUAUUUGAUGCAAGAGAUGAAGAUGCUGGUGUAUCAAAAAUUCACAUCAAUCAGGGUUUACUUUAUAUGAUGUGUAAAGAAUUGACAUCAAUUGAACCUAGCGAGAUUGAUUCAUCAAAUAACGGCUCAGAACACUGGGUACAUCAUCUGCAAAACAUUAUUUUGGUAAUCCCAUCAGCAAUUGUUACACCAAAAAUCAUCAAUUUUGAAGAAAAUGUUACUACUGAUGGUGAUAACAGUUUAGUGGAAGGGGUCAAUACAAAACCAUCUGUUGAUGAAGGAAAAUCAAAAUCAAAUGAGGCUUCUGGCUUGGAUGAUAUAACUUCUUUGAAUGAUACACUUGAAAAUUAUUUUGGUCAUGCUAUUUUUCAAGAUGAAAAUGGAACUCUCAAAUCAGAAAGUUACACUAGAUACAAUAUAAAUGGAUUAAACCCUGAGGUGGAAUCUGAAGAAUAUGAUGAUGUACAUUUGAAGCAAUUAGAGAACCCUUCAAUAUCAGCUUUUGGAUCUGAUGAACUAUUGAAAAUGAUUAAAAAAGUUGAUAAAGAGUUGGUGAAAUCAAUGAAACUCAAGUCAUAUGAGGAUAUAUUAGAUUAUUUUAAAAUCGAAUUUAAUCAACUCAUUAUUUCAAGAAACACAGACAGACCACACCACCUUACACUACCAUCAAAAUCAGAUUUGAGUUACGGAUUUAGAAAUGAUUUAAUAAAACCAAUUACAAGCUUGAUGAUCUUUUCUUCUUCUACUGAUGGAUUGAAUAAGGUAUUUGAUAUGCAAAAUGGCUAUAAAUAUGGUUAUACGAGUCCAUUGUUUGAAAAUUUCACCAAAAACUGUCAAAUUGAAAUGCAAAAUAAUAAAGGAACAGUUUACUCCAAAUUACAAAAAGAGCCUGAUUCUGUUACUACAUAUAAAAGGAGACCAAUGUUUUAUCAAGAAGAUAUGCUGCCAUCAAUAAUACACUCGGGACCUGAUGAAUCUUUGAAAUGUUCUUUGGAAACUAACACUAUUUUUAAAAAGACUUUUAGAAAUAAUAUUGUGCAUAAUAUUCUCAACUUCUCUAAGUUUGGGAUCAUUACUAAUUUUUAA